AUGGCCGCGUCCACCCUGUCCGUCUGCUCCAGCGACCUGAGCUAAGGCAGCCGCGUCUGCCUGCCCGGGGCCCCUGACUCCCGCCCCGCCUCCUCCUGGCAGGGGGGCGACUGCCCAGAGAGCUUCUGCGAGCCCCCCUGCUGCGCCCCCAGCUGCUGCGCCCCCGCCCCCUGCCUGACCCUCCUCUGCACCCCUGCGAGCUGCGUGUGCAGCCCGUGCCAGCCAGCCUGCACCCGCUCCUGCGGCACCUCCUCCCCCUGCCAGGGAGCCUGCUGCACCCCUGUGUGCUGCAAGCCCGUGUGCUGCACCCCUGGGUGCUGCAAGCCCGUCUGCUGCACCCCUGUGUGCUGCAAGCCCGUCUGCUGUGAGGACUCCCCCUGCACAGACUCCUGCGGCACCUCCUCCCCCUGCCAGGGAGCCUGCUGCACCCCUGUGUGCUGCACCCCUGUGUGCUGCAAGCCCGUCUGCUGCACCCCUGUGAGCUCCGGGUCCACCCCCUGCUGCCAGCCCAGCCCCUGCUGCAGACCCCCCUCCUCCAUGUCCCUGCUCUGCCGCCCCGUGUGCAAGCCCGCCUGCUGCGCCCCUCUGCUGCACUCCCGCCCCCUGCCUGACCCUCCUCUGCACCCCUGCGAGCUGCGUGUGCAGCCCGUGCCAGCCAGCCUGCACCAGCUCCUGCGGCACCUCCUCCCCCUGCCAGGGAGCCUGCCGCACCCCUGUGUGCUGCAAGCCCCUGUGUUGGGCUGGGAAGCAGUAGGCCCUGAGCCGCAGGUACCGAUCAUCAAGGACGCGCCAUGCGGUGCGCGGCUGGCCUCGCUGGCGGGGCACGUGGACUGUAGUUGUGGCGAGAGACGCGACGGAAAGCGCGCGGUGUCCGGCUCCGCGGCACUCGGCGUGUGCGGCCACCCCGCCGUCCCCGUGCGGACGUUGCCGCCGUCCUCGCCGAGCGAGCCCCCGCCCCAGCCCCGCGCCCCCGCCAGGCCCCGUCCCUGA